GAGGUUUACCACUCGAAACGGACUGAAAUAAAGUAUACCGUGUAACUGUAGGCUGAAAGAAGCUGCUAUGUAAUAUUUAGUCUAACCACGUGGGAAUCUGUGAGGGCUAGCGAUGAGAUGAUAGAAAAUGCCACCAAAAGGAAAGGGUGGCAAAGGUGCUAAAGGGGCAGCUGCUUCAGGCAGUGGAGACAGUGAUAAGAAGGAAAAGGCCCAGAAAGGAGGUACAGCUGUAAAGUUCUGCGUAUUCUGUGUAAAAGCAUGGUUAGUGUAUGGAAGCAAUGGAGAAAAAACAAGCCUGGCAUGCGCUUCGGUGAGGUGGCAGCACAGUACAGUGAGGACAAAGCCAGACAAGGAGGUGACCUUGGCUGGAUGAAAAGAGGAUCAAUGGUAGGACCAUUUCAGGACGCAGCAUUUGCACUGCCCAUCAGCACUAGGGUCAAACCUUUAUACACUGAUCCUCCCGUGAAAACCAAGUUUGGUUAUCACAUUAUCAUGGUUGAAGGCAAAAAACAAAUGCUCUGAACAGCUUGAUGUCGCGGUAAAAUUUCAUUUUUCAUUUACAGCUCAGUAACAUUUUGCAGUCAUGAAAGAUAUGGGUUUUUUUUAUAUAUGUAUAUCACUAUGUAAAUAGCAACCAAUAAAAACUGAUC